CACAUAUUAAAGAAUCUGACUUUUGUCCCAGUUACACUAAGCCAUGUUGCUUUUUUUUUUCAUUGAUCAUUUCUUCCCCUCAUCUGAAAAACCCAAAUGUUCUUUUUUUGAAAGCGUUUUUCCCUUUUCUCAGAAGGCAGUGAGGUCAUUACAUUUAAACAUAAUCACACCCACAGUACUUGCAUGCAAGUGUUAGCCAACUAGCUUGGCAAAUUAACCAAGUCACAAACGUCACACAGGGAAGAGAAACUAAAGUGUGAAAACACGAAAUGUUGAACAGCAGCUUUUCAUUUCAGUUUUGACUUCAAACCACAAGGGACAAGUUUUUUAUUGAAUUUUUGGACUGUUUAGUGUUUGAUGCGAAAUGACAACAACGCUGAACACCAUCAGUGAUUCCUUGGAUAAAACAACUUUCAAUACCACAGCAGAUUAUAUUGGACCAUGUAAUUACGAAGCCCAUGCAAGCCGGUUCCUCCCAGUGCUCUACUCUCUGUUCUUCGUGGUGGGUUUCCCUGGCAACAUGCUGGUGUUGUGGGUGAUACUGAGAGGCGUUCAGCUGAAAAGCAUGACUGAUGUAUGUCUCCUGAACCUGGCCAUUGCUGACCUUCUACUGAUCUUCACUCUCCCCUUCCUGGCUCACUAUGCCAGAGAUACCUGGAUAUUCGGUAACGCCAUGUGCACUCUGGUCCUCAGUGUGUACUACAUUGGAUUUUAUGCUGGUAUUUUCUUUAUUGUGCUGAUGAGCAUCGACAGAUACUUGGCUAUCGUCCAUGCUGUGUUCGCCUUGAGAAUCCGAACAAAAACAUAUGGGAUUUUAGCUAGUGUGGUGAUCUGGAUUAUAGCUGUUGCAGCAUCAUUUCCUGAGCUACGCUAUAUUGGAGUUGAAUUAUAUGAUGGAAAAAAAAUUUGCAACGCAUAUCCAAAAGAUGAAAAUCACAAUGAUGUGAAAAGUGCAGCUUUUAUUAAAAUGAAUGUUUUGGGCAUGCUGAUUCCACUAGGCAUUGUGGGAUUUUGCUACACGAUGGUCAUCCGGAAGCUGAAGACAAUACGUAAUUCCAAAAAACUAUCUAUUCAUCUUGUAGUUGUGGUCAUGGUGGUCUUCUUCUGCUGCUGGAUACCAUACAACAUCGCAGCACUCCUCAAAGUGCUGGAAUUGCAAGAAAUUUUGCCUUCAAAGUGUGAGCUUAGCAAAAGUAUCCAGCUAAUGCUGCAAGUCACUGAAGCUGUGGCAUACUUGCACAGCUGCCUCAACCCUUUCCUUUAUGUUUUUGUGGGUGAAAAGUUCAGGAAGCCCCUCGCCGGGCUCCUUCUUCAGACACCAUUUAAAAAAGUGCAGAGUAUAAGGCGCUACAUGACUCAGAUCGCAGAUUCAGUGUCUCCACAGACCGCAAAUGUGGAUGAAUUUUCAGUUGAUAUUUAAAUAGUGUGGGAAAUUCAUAUACAUAUAACCAACAUUUUAUUUUUCCAUAAGAAAUGAUGGAAACUCAAAUUAUUUGUUCCACAGUCCAAAAAAAUUAAAACAUAAAAAUAAUUAACACAAAAUAUAAAGUAAAAAAAAAAAAAUCAACCUGCACUUUACCUUAAUUAUUAAAAAUAAAUCCCGACAGAUAAGUGUUUCCUUUUGUGUGCGCAGGCGCUGUGUGUGUGUGUGUCUGUGUGUGUGUGUGUGUGUGUGUGUGUGUGUGUGUGUGUGUGUGUGUGUGUGUGUGAGGCUAAAGUACGGGGCCCAUUACCCUCUCCGACUUCUUGUCUUACACAGUUACCCUUCCUCCGCUCUUUUCACACUUGCGGGCGCACACAACAGAAACACUGUUUUAUCGAAAACAUAAAUAAGAAAUCUCUCUAAUGACACUCGACUGAGCAGCACACUAAUGGAAUCACUGCUGUAAAGUAAAAAUAAAACAAAUUAACCUGCACUUUACCUUUGAAAAGAAUCAGACAGAAAGAGCAGGCUGAGCCUUAAGCAGAGAAAGAAAAUGGAUCUUUAACAUAUCUAAUAAGACUUUAAGCCAAUAAGUGCUUUACAUGCACUGUACACACACGCAUUCAGACAAAA